GAAACAAUUUCGUCUGCUUUCGAACUCCUCCAGUUGCUCUUCCUUGCUCAGUUGCUCUGACCAUGUGAAAGUUUACCCGUCCAACAUGGGGUGGCAGGCAAGCUCUAUGAGUCUUCGAUGAUGUUUAGUGCACGGAAUAGACGUUGAACUUAGGAUACACAUCGAGGAUGAAGGUGGAUUUAAGUGCGUGCGUCCUGUGGUUGGGAUGCUGCACGCUUUUAUGUGAAUAUGCGGUGCGCGGUCACUCCGUUGGCAGGGAAGGUGUGCGGCAAAGAGUGCAAGCUCUUUUGGGACAUCCUGUUAGCCACGCGACAUCUCGGCAAGACGUCGUCGUGCAUAAGCAACCCGAGACCGUACGGCGGCCUGUUGCUCCACCGCACGUGCCCCGUCCGCCCAGCACACCGCAUCGGACGUACGCGGACACGGUACGACUUCUGUACGGCAUGAAGGAUGUCUCCUUACCUGAGCAGAGAGAAAGGCGAGGUCCUCUUUACUCUCAAGAGAUCGAGGACGUCCGAAUGGCGAGCGAACAUUUCCUGCGCAUUCGGACGACCGCUCGCUGUCGACUUCCCAAGACUCGUGUGGUGUACGUCAAAGACUACUACUCUGACCCCAGCAAAGAAUACCUUCCGAGCUGCACCGUUUUACACCGGUGCGGAGACGACACCGGCUGUUGCGACAGCGAACAGUACAAGUGCGUUCCCAGGGCCAUUCAAGAGGUCACUCUCUAUUUCUAUACUAUUCAGCUCCAGAACCAGAAUGGCGAAGUUGGCUUCCGGAACUCCGUGUCCAAGCUCCUGUUCACCAAUCACACGGAAUGUGAGUGUCAACCCAUCAACGAUAUUCCACGAUCAUCGUCCAGACAUUCAAAGGCAGUGGUGACGCAACAGUACAAUCAGCACAGCAAUACUCUACCCAUCGCCCUACCUCUACAAUCUCCUGCUGAACCACUCACGACUACUAGUCUACAAGACGUCAACUCCACAGUCGAGCCACCAAGUCCUGAUCUGACUUCACUCCUCAAGUGCCACAAGUGUCCGAAGCCAUUUGCGCGUCGCCUGUACGAGGACAGUCGGUGUAGCUGUGACUGUUUUGAGAAACACAAGCCCUGCCUAAGGAUCAAGAGGGGCCGAGACAUUUUGGGCGAACUUCAGAGAAGGUGCGUGGAAAUCCAGGAAUGCCACGUUCCCGAAUGCGAGUACGGCCUGUACGACGUCGAAACUGGCCGAUGCCCCAAGAAACCCGACCAUCUGCCCAAGCACGUUGAACAGCGAAGACAGCACCCGUACAGCCACCGUUGGCAGUUCCUCGAACGUGACUAAACAGAUGAACCGGGAGCCAAUUUGAAACGCAUCCCCUUCUAGUAAGGGCAUUCCACAUUGAGACCAGUCAAAAUGAUGGCCCGAAAAGUGGCUCGCCAUUCUUCACGAAGAGGUGCUGUGAACACUCCUGGUGUAUAGUGCAUCGCGUGAACAAAAUGUGUUUUAUUUCUUGAUUUCGUCGCUAUUUAAAUUGACUUUUUGUUACGAAAGAACUUGGUGUGAAAACUUUUUUCGCGAGAAAUUCGUGAAUAUGUUACAGUUGCGGCGUGGAGAAGAACUGUGUGAUCUGUUUCGCGUUCUGCCUUGACUCUUGUGUGCGAUAACGCUAAACGUGUGCUUUGAUCAUAUUUUGCGGCUUAUUCGUGGAUUUUUCAGCUUAUAGUUUGGUAAGUGCUUCGAAUGACGACUUCCUUCUUGUGUUUGUGUCGUCAUUGUUAAUAUUGCCGAUUCGUGCUGCUGACAUUGGGAGUUCUAAGUUUCCCUGGACCGUCUGGUAACGUACUGUGACUUCGAAGUUAUAGUGGCAGCAACGCUUAUUGUUCGUGCUAAAUCUUUCCUCAUAACGAUCUAUGUGGGACGAAGAAUGUACUGUAUGAAAAGAAGAAAAAAAAAAACUUUAUGACUGUGAUAGAUCCGAUAUGAGAAAAUUGUGCCAAAUUUAGCUAUAUUUGAAAUCAAUCCCUAUUAAACUCUAGCACCAGCCCACACGCACCUCAUUAACCCAUCUAGAUAUGUACAGCUUGGAACAAAAGUUUACGGAACACAGGGAUGUCGCAUUUCUCCAUUGAAGCGACCCCCUCGCAGCGAAACAGGAGCGGGCACACAUAUGAGAGAUGGAUAGAGUAUAGCUGAUGGUGGAGGGCACCGAGAGACACGGUCAAACAAGGACGGACAAGAAAUUCUCAAACUCAGAAACAUUUAUUACACAACGACUCAACUAUACACCUCACAAAUCGACAAAGAUGAUGAGAGGGGGGAAAUGAUGCGAUGAGAAGAUCAUAUUGCCCCUAGUUGCUAUUUGAAUUGAGUCUCCAAGUAGACUCCUACGCUUAUCACACAUUCACAAGCAAUGAUGCUGGUUUCACGGAAUAGAGGCGCACGAGCACGGCAUUCACUGAGAUAAAUAGCCAACUCCGAGGACAUGUUGGCUGGUCACCCGUUUCUUAUUCGAUCUCUUCCUGAUACUAGCAGGGGACGGCUCCGAUUAAGAAAUACGCCACUGUCGCGUUCCGUAAACUUUUGUCCCAUGCUGUACUAAUUCAAGACGUUUGCUCUUUGUUAGUUCAAGUCAGCAAGUCUCCAGACGGUCCAGGACAGGGGACUUUCACCGAUAAGCCAGACAUCAAUAGUCAGGCAUCGCUAGCAAAUUCCUUGCGGCCUUCUGAAACAUCGAAUUUUCUUAAUUCUGGCCUAGUUCAUAUUGCCUCCAUUUGAUAAGAUGGUGAUCGCCAUCGUCCUUUUUAUAACCUCAGGAUCAAUAUUAUACGCGAUAUCGCGUGAAAUGAGCUUUAUCACGAUGCCAGCCUUUACUACAAUAUUUCCUUACCCUUUUCUACCGGUAUAUUGGGGGGGGGGGGGAUAUGUCUAUUGCGAAAAAAAAAAAGGCAAGCCGAAAGGAAAGGUCAGCCAGACAGAAGUCUACUUGAUAUUCCUUGUAGGCUGCUGCUAUUCCGGUAUAUUGUUUAUCAGAUGUGCUCAAGCUUUUGGAAGGAUGCCAUUCUUAUCAGCAAAACUCACUGCCAGUGUCAUCCGAACACGUAUACGUCGCGAAUUCUGCUGGUCAUUUUCGUGCAACGCGCGCCGGUGUGGGUGCAGCGCAUAGAAACGAGGGAAGAGCAAACGGACGGACCAAUGAAAUGCGAUGCACGUCGCACUGAAGCAACCAGUGUAACAAGCACACUCAAGCCAGUGUAAGCUUUUCUGCACGACAGUGAUCAGUGGAAUUCGCCGUUAGACAACGAGUGACUCUCUGAAACAAAUUAAAAUGAUUUUAUCCGUUGAUUCCGCACGUCGUCAAUAUAAACUGAAUGUUGUAGCGAAUCUUCUUGAUGAGUGGAGUACCAAUAUAGCGAUUGUGCUAUAUAGUCGCACUGCCAAAUAGUUAUUUGUAUGUAGAUAUUUGUACCAAGGCGUACACAGAUAUUGUAGUUAUGAAGUCUUGAUGUUUUCCGGUACAUAGAUGAAGCAAAACUAUCAAUAGGAAUGUAAUAUAAAAAUAUCGCUCUGCGUUGCGGCAAUGUGACUUUAAAAGUAUGUGUUGCAAUGAACUACAGGUCUCUCAUUCAGUAAGCAGAUGUGAUGCUCAGAGGCGCAGUCAUGACGUAAUCUAAGUAUAAGCAUGCUAGUACAGAAAUAAUAGAGUCCAAUCUUAUUAAGCUUGUCAUGGCUGGUGCAAGUAUAACAAGGUGCUGUUCUUUUCUUAUUUCCCGACUUCUGCUUCAAGGUAGAUUCAACUUCCAAAAACGAUUAUAUUCAUCCAGCUGAGCAAAGAAACUAAAACAGAUUCGAUCAUAAGAAUUGAGAACAAAUUUUGAUUAUGUUCCCCACUGCCCCAUAUAACAUGUACCAUUUUUACAGCGAUUGUCUGCUGUUGAUGAGAAUCAUAUGAUGUACAGCUCCGGUACACUUGUUCGAGAUCUCUCCCUCGGUACCCCUAUACCGGCAAUGUCGCGCCUAUAUCGGAAAUGUGGUCCCGGAGAGGUGACCUAAACGCUGCACGCAUGCAGACGCGUUAGCAGCGCACGAAGAAUGCCGUUCUCACUGCAAGCGUUCUCAUAGCAUCCAAUUGUUGCAAUCUAUAGUAUGCGACACGGCCGGUAGGAGAUACUUGCGGGCAGGAUGGUGUUUUCGGACAAGUAUGCCGCAAGCAAUGCGUGAAUCAUAAAGGCGUUCCUGUACAUGACCUGUACUACUCUAUGGAGGGCUUCUGAAUGAGAAUUAUGUUCGGAGACAAUUCGAUUAGCGCAUGCGCAGUUCCGAAAUACCUGCAUCCAGCCGCUAGCUUAGGUGUACUGACAUUGGGUGCACGCAUGCUCCUAAGAACUGCUACAUUUUGUCAUCUUUUCCUUUUUUUUCUCUCUCUCUCUGUCCCAUUCUCUCUAGCGCAUCCUUUUUUUUUUAAUUUUUAGAACCGAGUGCACAUUUCGCUACUCAUUCAUUCUCCGAGUCUGUAGAUGGAUGUCUGCAAUUCUAUUUAGGUCUUUCGCGAGGAUCAGCGGCUGCUGUAAUAUCUACGGGUUUCCAAAGAAUGCUCUGCGUUUACUUGUCGAUGCUAGAUCUAGCUGGUGAUGUGUAAUGUGCGGAUAUUUGAUGUGAAUGUUUUGCUCACUAUCCACAAAAAGAAUGCUCAGCAACAGCCUUUUUUUAUUUGUCAGAUACAUAGCACAAUGUACUGUAUGUGACAGUUGCAAUAAAUAAGCAAGAAGCUUUCUUUUUAUA